AUGUGGGCUUUGAUUCAAGACAGUGCAACCACAGUCAGUAUGGAAGUGCAGACAACCUCUCUGGUCUGGAUAUAUGUGAACAGGACCGAACAACUGAACUCUUCAUAUGAAUACAACACGACAGAUCUGACUGAAAAGUCAAACACCUACCACUCUUACACGAUUGGUCUCUUCCUCUCCUGCCUGUACACCAUCCUCCUCUUUCCUAUUGGAUUUAUUGGUAACAUCUUAAUCCUGGUGGUCAACCUGAACCACAGAGAGAAGAUGACCAUCCCUGACCUUUACUUUGUUAACCUGGCGUUGGCCGACCUCAUCCUGGUGGCGGAUUCCCUCAUCGAGGUCUUCAAUCUGAACGAGAAGUAUUAUGACUACGCCGUCCUCUGCACCUUCAUGUCCCUUUUCCUGCAGGUCAACAUGUACAGCAGCAUCUUCUUCCUCACGUGGAUGAGCUUUGACCGCUACAUAGCCUUGGCUGGCUCCAUCAGCAGCAGCCCACUGAGGACUAUGCAGCAUGCCAAGCUCAGCUGUGGCCUCAUCUGGAUGGCCUCCAUCAUGGCCACCCUGCUCCCCUUCACCAUCGUGCAGACCCAGCACAGGGGUGAGGUGCACUUCUGCUUUGCCAACGUCAUUGAGAUCCAGUGGCUGGAGGUGACCAUUGGCUUUUUGGUGCCCUUCUCCAUCAUUGGUGUGUGCUACUCUCUGAUUGUACGCAUCCUCAUGAGGGCCCAGAAGCACCGGGGCUUGUGGGCACGGCGGCAGAAAGCCCUGCGCAUGAUCCUGGUGGUGGUUCUGGUGUUCUUCAUCUGCUGGCUGCCAGAGAACGUCUUCAUCAGCAUCCAGCUGCUGCAGGGCACAGCUGACCCAUCGCAGAGGACUGCUACCACCCUGUGGCACGACUACCCGCUCACAGGCCACAUUGUUAACCUGGCAGCUUUCUCCAACAGCUGCCUCAACCCCAUUAUCUACAGCUUUCUAGGAGAGACCUUCAGAGACAAGCUGCGGCUCUUCAUUAAGAAGAAGGCCAGCUGGUCAGUAGUGAGCCGCUUCUGCCGCCACAGCCUUGAUAUCCACCUCCCUGUCAGGAGCGGGGUGUCAGAGGUGUGA